AUGGGGGGGUGUCCAAGAAGUACAAUGUAUCGAUGCGAGCGGCGAUGUUCUUGUACAGUCAUGACACGCAUUGCGAACUUGAAGCAGCAAAAUGACUGGGAGGAGUCGUGGGAGGUCUGGUGGACCAAACACACCAAGUUCAUACUGGAGCGGGAAGAGAAGAGUCGUGGACCCUACAGCGAGGAGGAGGCCAAGCUCAAGGAGGAUUUUGUGUCCAAAGUCCUCCCCCGUUACCUGCGCCCGCUGGAAAGCGGUGGUCGAUCCAUUGACCCAGCACUUUGCCAUACCGAUCUGUGGCCUGGUCACGUCAAAUAUCGACUCGACAACGAAUCGCCCCUGGUAUUUGACGCCAAUGCUCUGUGGGCGCACAGCGAGCUUGAACUCGGCCUUUUCCGCAACCCUAGAUACCCGCUGGGUAAGGCCUUCUUCAAGAAAUAUUAGAAGAAGGUGCCUAUAUCGGAGCCCGAGGAAGACUUCGACAAUCGCAACAUCAUGCACAUGAUUCGACAUCAGACAAACCCACUGACUGCCAUACACUCUUUUAGUUUUCUGGGCAACAUGAAAAUGCUUGUAGAUAGAGUGAACGCAGAGGAGAAGGAAAGGAAAGUUGCUCAAGACGGCAAGAAGAGCUUCGAGGUAAAGAUUGAAAGUGUCACGGAUGAUCUGAAGGUCCUAGCUACUUAG